AUGGCUAUGUCAGCAGCUCCCCCGCACUCUCUCCUCCUCAAAAAACCCAACCACAGAACCACCGCAACAACCCAAUUCACAGGCUUUCAAAUCAACCCAUCACGCGCUGCCACCACCACCUACAAACCCAUAUCAAUCACUUGUUCAACCACCACCCCACUCCAAGAUCGCCCCGCCGCCACCUCCCAAUCCUCAGAUCGCGUCUUUAAUUUCGCCGCCGGCCCCGCCACCCUCCCCGAAAUUGUCCUCAAGAAAGCUGAAUCUGAGCUCUACAACUGGCGUGGCUCGGGUAUGUCCGUCAUGGAGAUGAGCCACAGAGGCAAGGAAUUUCUCUCUAUAAUUCAGAAAGCGGAGUCAGAUCUGCGUGCCCUCCUUGAUAUUCCGUCGGAAUACGCCGUGCUCUUCCUCCAAGGUGGUGCCACCACCCAAUUCGCCUCUGUCCCGUUGAAUCUUUGCAACCCCGAUGAUCCGGUUGAUUAUAUUGUCACCGGGUCUUGGGGCGAUAAGGCUUUCAAGGAAGCGACCAAAUUCUGCAAACCCACUGUGAUUUGGUCAGGUAAAUCGGAGAAAUAUACAAAGAUUCCUGAUUUCGAUGCCUUGGAACAAAACCCGUCUGCCAAGUAUUUGCAUAUAUGCACAAAUGAGACCAUUCACGGGGUUGAAUUCAAGAACUAUCCAACCCCCAAGAACAAAGAUGCGAUUUUGAUUGCUGAUAUGUCGUCGAAUUUUUGUUCAAAGCCAGUGGAAGUGAGCAAAUUUGGGGUGAUCUAUGCGGGUGCGCAGAAAAAUGUUGGUCCUUCUGGGGUGACUAUUGUUAUUAUCAGGAAAGAUUUGAUUAGAAAUGCACAGCCAACCACUCCUGUGAUGUUGGACUACAAGAUUCACGCUGAGAACAAUUCAUUAUACAAUACGCCUCCUUGUUAUGGUAUUUAUAUGUGUGGGUUGGUGUUUGAAGAUCUGUUGGCACAAGGUGGUUUGGUUGAGAUUGAGAAGAAGAACAUCAAGAAGGGUCAGCUUCUUUAUGAUACAAUUGAUCAGAGCAAUGGGUUCUAUAGGUGCCCCGUUGAGAAAUCUGUGAGGUCAUUGAUGAAUGUUCCGUUUACAUUGGAGAAGUCUGAAUUGGAGGCUGAGUUUAUUAAGGAGGCGGCGAAGGAGAAUAUGGUGCAGCUCAAGGGACAUAGGUCGGUUGGAGGGAUGAGAGCUUCGAUAUAUAAUGCUAUGUCAUUGGCUGGAGUUGAGAAGUUGGUUGCUUUCAUGAAGGAUUUCCAGGCAAGGCAUGGUUGA